CCGAAUGCCCUCAGAACCCCGCCCUCCUCCUGACCAAUGCGGUGAAAGGGUCUAUAUGACUUAGCCCUGUGUGCAGCAGGUGACCGAGCCCCGCCCUUUUCCUCCCGGCCCACCAGUUGGGGCCAGACUUGAAGAGGACUAGCCUAGAACCAAAAGCGCCACCGCAACCUAAGCCGAGCCAAUGUUGGGUAUCAGAUCCAACUAGGAGAAAGUCCCACCUCCAAUGGAAACUCUUAUAGUUAGGGGAGCCAAUAAGGAAAGAACGUUCACGCCGACUAGAGGGAAACCAACGGAGUGGAAAAUUGUCCCUGCGUUUUCAGAAGCCAAUGGGAUGAAAAGAUUCCGCCUCUAAAGUGGCGGCAGAACCAAUGGGGGUGAAUCAUGCCCAGGAGCGCGCUCCAAUGGGACUGCAGGGCCGCCCGUGGGCGGAGCCAAUGGCCGCAGCUCACUGGAUGCUUGGCUGCCCGCCUCCGUGCUGCCGCGGAGCCGAGUGCUGGCCGACCUUCCGCGGCUCCGGGAAGAUGGCUGCGGCCGUAGUGCUGGCCGCCGGGUUGCGCGCGGCGCGCAGAGCCGUGGCGGUCGCGGGGCCGUGGGGGGCGCAGGUCCGAAGAGCUGCAGGUGUGACUGAUGGGAAUGAAGUGGCCAAGGCCCAGCAGGCAGCUCCUGGGGGAGCAGCCCCAACCAUCUUCUCCCGGAUCCUGGACAGAAGCCUCCCAGCUGAUAUUCUAUUUGAGGACCAGCAGUGUCUCGUGUUCCGUGAUGUGGCCCCUCAGGCUCCUGUGCACUUCCUGGUCAUUCCUAAGAAGCCCAUUCCUCGGAUUAGCCAGGCUGAAGAAGAAGACCAGCAGCUUCUAGGACACCUACUUCUUGUGGCCAAGAAGAUAGCAAAGGCUGAGGGCCUGGGAGAUGGAUACCGACUUGCUCCAUUUCAGUGAUCAAUGAUGGAAAGCUGGGCGCACAAUCUGUAUAUCACCUGCAUAUUCACGUACUUGGGGGCCGACAGCUCCAGUGGCCUCCAGGUUGAACCUACAAACUGACCAAGGAUCUCAGACCUGGAUGCUUGGAUGGGGAAGGGAAGAAGGGACUCUGUGAUGCUAAUAAACCUGCUCUCCCUCAA